AAAUGAAUUCCAGAUCUCAGAGCAAAUUACCCUUUCUGCUACGCAUUCAUUCCGGACAUUUUCACAUAUGCCUCGGCCUCUGCAGUCAAACGGUUCUCUGGAAAACUCUAGAGGAGAACCCCUUGUCGUUUAUUCGUUUUCCUUUCAAAAUCCCCAGUCACUUCACGUUUGGGCUGUGGUUGCUUGCCUUGUUAGGGUUUCUUGUAAUAUCGGGAGCAUACCUAUCAAAAUGUGUGUUUCACUUCGAGACUGUUCGCAUGGAGUAUUUCAAUCGUGUGAGGGUGAAUUACUUCUUUGUACCUUGGAUCGCAGGCAUGUUGUUAAGGCUUGGGCUUCCUUCUAAUAUAGCUCCCGACAAUGUGCACCCUGUGGUAUGUUGUAUAUUUAUGGUUCCCAUCGCCGUCCUAGAGCUCAAAAUCUACGGCCAGUGGUUUACCAAAGUAAAGAGGUCUCUGGCUCGAGUUGCAAACCCUUCCACUCAUUUGUCCGUAAUCGGUAAUUUCAUGAUAGCCCGAAUCGCAACAGAAGUAGAGUGGAAGGAAAUUGCUUUCUUCUUCUUUACUGUGGGAAUAAUUCAUUACGCGGUUGUGUUCAUAACGCUUUACCAGAGACUGUCCUCAGAUAUCACGGCUUCCAGGAAAAUAUGCCCGGUGUUCUUUCUGUUUAUUGCAGCUCCAAGCUCGGCAAGCGUGGCGUGGAAAGCAAUAUCGGGCUCAUUCGAUACGUUCUCCAUGAUGCUGCUUUUUCUCACUUUUCUUGUGCUCGGCCUUGAUAAUGAGAAUCGAUUUCUUCCGCGACAGCAUACGGAGAUUUUCAAUGACCUGGUGGGCAUGCGCAUAUCCAAUUACGACAACGUCAGUAGCCGCACUAAAGUAUGCAGAGAGCGUGAAGCAUCCCAUUGCUCGUACAUUGGCUUAUGCUCUCUCUUCGAUCUCCAUGGUAAUGAUAUUAAUUCUUGCACUGUUAACUAUUGUCAACAUGGUAGUGGCUAGGGACCACCUAUUUCCCAACGAUACCGUCAUCACCAUUUGCUCUGA